GCUGUAUGACGGUUCAAGGGCAGACUCACUCAUUGUUUCAUUCAUAGCAUAACGUUAUCCCACGCAUUGUGUUUUGCCCACAACCCUGGCGGUUGAAUAAGCCAACCGAUAAAAUGGCACCGCAACUGACCGAAGACGAGAUUGACGACCUCUUAUAUGCGGCUCGGACAGGAGAAAAGGAUGAGCUGACGUCCCUGCUCUCCUCCCUGGCAGAGCGGGAAAAGCUGUCGCCCGCUGAGAUUCUCAUAAGUGCAAGGGACGAGGGAAAGUCGACAUGCCUGCAUAUGGCGACUGGGAAUGGCCAUGCUGAUAUUGUAACCCACCUCCUAUCGCACUUCACCUCCCGGCCCAAGGAAGAAAAGCAAGCCUUCUUGGAUGCGCCCAACGAGUAUGGGAACACGGGUCUGCACUGGGCUGCGCUGGGCGGCCACCUGGCUGUCGUGAAAUUGCUGGUUGAGAACGGGGCAUCAGUGGCGUUGGCCAACGACAAGAACUACGUUCCGCUGGACUUGGCGAGCUUUGGCGACAAGUUCGAGGUGGUCGACUAUUUCCUAGCCCAGAGCGGUGGGCUAGAGGAGGAGAAUGCUGCGGGUGAAGGCGUAUCGAAUAAUGCUGUUGAGGGAGUGCAGCUUGACGAUGAGGAGAAGCAAGGAGAGGAAGCGGAACAAAAGGGGAAGGGCAAGGAAAAGGAGGCUUCAUCAUGAUAUUCGACAUUCAGAAUGGGUCGGCUAGGGAGGGCGUAUCAUUGCGCUGGCUUCAGUGCAUACAUCCUGACUGGCAACAGCGCUGGCAUGCCGCGAGCCUGUAAGCCUCUUUGCAGCUCAACCUGAACGAGGCGCAAGCCCGCCUCAGUGAAUAUGCGUCGGAAGGUACCAUCCUCUCUGCACGGCGUGUGUUAGUCACUGGUGAGCAGCAAGGAAGGAAAUUCAAGGAGAAACGUACCUCGUUACGCUGCUG